AUGCCGCGGAUCGAUGAUUUGGCCUUUGCAGCCUCAGACUUCUUCUCGCUCGUCUCCUGGGCUUCCUUGCAGCAGCAACAGCAGCAGCAGCAGCAGCAGGAGCAGCAGGAGCAGCAGCAGGACCGGAUGGGUGGUGCUGCUGCUCCUGCGGCUGCUGCUGAUGGGAGGGUCUUUGAACUGACCGCAGGUAGCACUGCAGCAGCAACAGCAGAUGCAGGAGCAGCAGGAACAGCAGAAAAGACAGCAGCAGCAACAGCAGCAACAGCAGCAGCAGCAGCAACAGCAGCAGCAGCAACCGCAACAGCUCCUGAUGAGCCUGAAGGUCUCCUCGAGCGCAUCCAGCGCAACAGCCCAGCUUUGCAAGAUGCCUGCUGCAGCUUCUGGAGCAGCAGCAGCAGCAGCAGGAGCAGCAGCAGCCGCAGCAGCAGCAGCAGCAGCAACAGCAGCAGCAGCAGCAGCAGCAAGGGUUUCUUAUCUAGACUUGCACAGAGGUUUCUGGUUGCUUCGCUGGGGCUGACAGCAGAAGGCCUCUCCAAGCUGCGGCAGGCGAGGGGCCUCCGUCUCAUACAGCAGCACAGCAGCAAGACGCGGGCUCUCAACUCACCAGCAGCAGCAGCAGCAGCAGCAGCAGCAACAGCAGCAGGGAGGAGCACAGGUGAAGAGCAGCAGCAGCAGCAGCAGCAGCAGCAAUGGCAAAUGCCCCCGCUGCAAGUUGGAGACACGAAGGCGGUGUUGUGCGCGCUGCACUUGGGGUGUCGCCGCAGCUUGUGUUGCUGGCUGCAGCAGCUGCUGCUGCGGCUGACGGAGCUGCAGCAGGUGGAGCAGCUUGCUGCUGUUGGUUUAAUGUUUGUAAGAACUGAGCUUCAUCUGCUGUCGCCGUGGCUCGUGCUGCUGCAGCAGCACGAGCAGCAGCUGCAGCAGCAGGCCGCCUCUUUGCUGCUGCCAGGCUUCGAGGAUCUCAGCGCUCGUCUUGUCGUCGCGGGCGAGCAAGCAGCAGCAGCAGCUGUUGCUGCUGCUUCUGCUUCUGCUGCUGCUGCUGCUGCUGCUGCGCCUGAUGCUGCUGUUUUCGCUGGCCUUGAUUGGCGUGUAUGGACAGCAGCAGGAGCUGACGCAGCAGCAGCAGCUGCUGCUGCUGCUGACGCUCUACAAAAUGUUGCUGCAGCAAUCACUGCCGACGGUGAAGACAACGAUGAGGCUCAGUCUCUGGUGCAAGUAAGCAGCAGCAGCAGCAGCAGCAGCAGCAGCAGCAGCAGCAGCAGCAGCAGCAGACAAGAGCAAACAGCAGCAGCAGCAGCAGAUGCUGCUGCUGCUGCUGACGCUCUACAAAAUGUUGCUGCAGCAAUCACUGCCGAUGGUGAAGACAACGAUGAGGCUCAGUCUCUGAUGCAAGCGGCGCAGCAGGCAGCAGCGAAGGUGCGUGCUGCUGCUGCUGCAUUGGUAGCAACGCGAGAAAAUAUUUGUGCUGCAGCAGCAGCAGCAGCAAAACUGGAAAGGUGCAGCGGGGAGGCGCUGCGGUGUCUCUACAGGUCCGAGCUGCUGCGAAAGGUUACGUCUACAGGACAAGCAGCAGCAGCAGCAGCUGCUGCUGCAGAAGCAGAAGCAGCAGCAGCAGCAGCAGCAGCAGCAGCAGCAGCAGCAAGAGAAGAGGAUCAGCUGGACCUCUUUAGUGAAGACCCCAGCGACAUAUUCUAG